CAUUCCAGAGACAACAAUAUCCACUUAAACUCCUCCUGCGGAAAACCUUUAACCUCCAUAAGGAAGUGCAAAGUCUAACCACUCCUGUGUGCUCCUUAAUACAGCUUACUGCUGCAACAAAGUGAUUUUUAACACAAGGAAUGAAAUCUAUAAAAUAAUUUUCUGAACUUAUGUUGGUCAUGGUCUCUUUUUUUGUUUGUUCAUUUGUUUGUUUUUGGCUGGACUGAAGGACUUUGAUCAGAGUUAAUACCAAGAAGUCUGCCGCAAACAAGACACACUGGCCAACGGUGAAAGACAAUGGCUUCUAGAACUUUCUCAGAGGAGGAUCUCUCGUGUCCUGUGUGCUGUGAAAUCUUCAAGCAUCCUGUUCUUCUGCACUGUAGUCACAGUGUGUGUAAAGCCUGUCUGGAGCAGUUCUGGAAGAUCAAAGGAUCCAGAGAAUGUCCAGUUUGCAGGAGGAAGUCUUCGCUGGACCGGCCUCCUGGAAACUUGGCUUUGAAGAACCUGUGUGAGACUUUCUUACAGGAGAGAAGUCAGAGACCUUCAGCAGGGUUGGAAAGUCUGUGCAGUCUGCACAGUGAGAAACUCAAACUCUUCUGUGUGAAUGAUCAACAGCCGGUGUGUGUGGUGUGUCAGACCUCAAGACAACACACCAAGCACAAAUUACGUCCCAUUGAUGAGGCUGUAACAGACUACAAGGAGGAACUCAAAAAUGCCCUGAAGCCACUACAGGAAAAACUGAAGAUGUUUAAAGAGUUUAAAGUGAACUGGGAUCAGACUGCAGAACAUAUAAAGACUCAGGCCCAACACACAGAGAGGCAGAUACGGGAGGAGUUUGAGAAGAUUCACCAGUUUCUACGAGAAGAAGAGGCAGCCAGGAUAGCUGCAUUGAGGGAGGAAGAGGAGCAGAAGAGUCAGAUGAUGCAGGAGAAGAUUGAGAAGAUGAGCAGAGAGAUAUCAUCACUUUCGGACACAGUUAGAGCCAUAGAAGAGCAGAUGGGAGCCAAAGAUGUUGCAUUCUUACAAGCCUACAAAGCAACCAUGAAAAGAGCCAAGUGCACCAUACAGGAUCCAGAGAGGCCUUCAGGAAAGCUUCUACAUGUGGCAAAACAUCUUGCGAACCUGACGUUCACAGUCUGGGAGAAGAUGCAGAAGAUUGUUCAAUUUUCUCCAGUAACUCUGGACCCCAACACUGCUCACUCUAAACUCAUCCUGUCUGAAGAUCUGACCAGUGUGACAUUCAAUGAUGAGAAACAGCCACUUCCUGAAAACCCAGAGAGGUUUAAAGCAUAUCCAUUUGUCCUGGGCUCUGAAGGCUUCAGCUCAGGGACACAGUGCUGGGAUGUUGGAGUUGGAGACAGUACAGCCUGGGACCUGGGCGUGAUUGCAGAGUCUAAUCAGAGAAACGGAGAGAUAUUCUCCAAAAGUGGUGUUUGGAGUAUGUGGUAUUACAAUGGUAAAUAUGGAGUCUGUUCUUCACCGGAGCCGUCCCAUCUCCUCUCAGUGCCACAGAAGGUCCAGAGGAUCAGAGUGCAGCUGGACUGGGACAGGGGAAAACUGACCUUCUCUGAUCCUCUCACUAACACAGACUUACACACUUUCACACACGGAUUCACUGAAAGAGUCUUGCCGUUCAUUGGUGCUGGUCUUAAAUCAUCUGCUCUGAGGAUCAUGCCAGUUAACUGCUCUGUACGAGUGAAUCAGUUCAGUUAG